CUUCCGCCGUUGCGUACUUCCGGUUUGGAUUCCUCAUCCAUGCUCGCGACGCCGUGAAUUUUCAACACGAAGAGCGGACUGAAGAAUAAAACCGAGCUUAAUCACAGCCACAAUGUUCAAGUUGGAAGGACUCGGGCCUAAAAUGGACCCGGAGGAGAUGAAGAAGAAAAUGCGACAAGAUGUCCUCUCGUCUUUACGGAACUUUCUUAUUUACGUCGCCCUUCUCAGAGCCACUCCAUAUGUGUUAAAGAAGCUGGACAGCAUAUGAGCAGAGCAGCAGGUCUCUUCUUCCACCAUCCACUGAGAGUUUACUCCAUCAGAGACAGUGUGGACCAUCAUCAGCAGACAACUGGGGCCAUUACAGCAAACCGUGUCGGAGACCACCCGUGUCUGUCCAUCACUGCACCUGUGGAAACACUGUCUUCUCAUUUCUCACGUCUUGUUCUUGAUUGUAUACUUUAGACUUUCUUAUGAAACAUGUUGUGAUCAUUGUUAAGUACAAUGUUUGAUAGUGUAUAUACCUGCCGUGUUCACACACUCAAGAGAAACCGUGUUUAUUUUGUUGGUUUGUUUUUAUAAAGCAGAUCUGUCACAUGGAAUUGAAACUGUCAAAUUGCAUCAGAGAUUUUACACCAGACAUGUUUGAACAUUUUUGUCAGUGUUUUAAAUCUUAAUAUAAUCACAAAACCACUGGAAAUAAAAAUGGAGACUAAGAAAGGA